UCUCAAGUAAUAAACAGACGCCGUCACUUUGAGAGAGAGCUCCCGAAGUAUCGACCUUCAUUUCCAGGGUUCAGGCUCAGCUCCCCCAAAGCCGCCGUCAGUCACCGCCGUAUCUGUACCACCAUAGCCACUGCUGGUGGUGGAAGGGAAUGUUGUUGUGGUAGAGGCACGUUUUUUUCCCGUAAGAAGAAAACCAUUCCUAGUCUUCUGAUCAAUCACCGGAAUUAGCUGCGGCUGCGGGGAAGUAUUUUCAGAUCAAAUUUUCCCGAAGACCUAGGGUUCCGGAGAGCCAAUCACCGAGCUUGAUAAAUAUGGCUUCGGAGGAUGUUAAACAGAGCGAAUCUGCGGUUUCGACGAUUGUCAAUCUGGCUGAGGAGGCCAAGCUUGCGAGAGCUCGUGAGAGUGUGGUAAACGCGCCCAAGCACAACCUUGCGCUUCUUAGUAUAUGCAAAUCUCUUGUUGCUGGUGGAGUCGCUGGAGGAGUGUCACGCACAGCUGUUGCUCCUUUAGAACGGUUGAAAAUAUUACUACAGGUCCAGAAUCCCCAUAACAUAAAAUACAAUGGAACAAUUCAAGGUUUGAAAUAUAUCUGGAGAACUGAAGGUUUCCGAGGAUUAUUUAAAGGAAACGGUACCAACUGUGCCCGUAUAGUCCCAAACUCUGCUGUCAAGUUUUUCAGCUAUGAGCAAGCUUCUAAGGGAAUAUUGCUUAUGUAUCAGCAACAAACUGGCAACGAGGAUGCUCAACUCACACCUCUCUUGCGACUCGGGGCUGGAGCCUGUGCUGGAAUUAUUGCCAUGUCCGCGACUUACCCAAUGGACAUGGUACGAGGGAGGCUAACUGUGCAGACAGACAAAUCUCCGUAUCAGUACAGGGGAAUGUUUCAUGCUCUCUCAACUGUACUCAGAGAGGAGGGCGCCAGGGCUUUGUACAAAGGUUGGCUUCCAUCAGUUAUUGGAGUGGUUCCUUACGUUGGUCUCAACUUUGCCGUUUAUGAAUCUCUCAAGGAUUGGCUAAUCAAAGCUAAGCCAUUUGGGCUUAUUGAUGAAUCUGACACUGAGUUGAGCGUGACAACAAGGUUGGCAUGUGGAGCUGCUGCUGGAACUGUCGGGCAGACUGUUGCUUACCCACUUGAUGUUAUUCGCCGGAGAAUGCAGAUGGUGGGUUGGAAUAAUGCUGCCUCUGUUGUUACUGGUGAUGGAAGGAGCAAGGGCUCACUUGAAUAUAAAGGGAUGGUUGAUGCCUUUAGGAAGACUGUUCGACAUGAGGGCUUUGGGGCGUUGUACAAGGGAUUAGUCCCAAAUUCUGUCAAGGUAGUCCCGUCGAUUGCAAUUGCAUUCGUUUCGUACGAGAUGGUGAAGGAGAUAUUAGGAGUGGAGAUCAGAAUAUCUGACUAGAGAAGAAUGAAGUGGAGGAUAUUUGUGUGCUAUUUUUGUAGGAAAGGGGAUAGAGAGAUGGUAAAACUAGGGGUAAUUUCUUUCUUUCUUUUGUCUUGCCAAGUUAGUAGCUGCUAUUGAGCUUGUUGUUUAUAAAUUGCUGUCCCUUUGUUUUUCCGUCUUUGUUUCCUUGUGAACGCAUAUAUGAGUAGGUUUCAACUCAUACGCCAAUAAAUGUUUUUGACACUUUCAUAAAAUGCAUUUGCUUGCAUUCCCCUCUACAAGAAUUAAAGAGAGGUGGAUUCUCCAUUUGUACUGACUUUAUAUAAAUUUAAGUCUCUUUCCAAGUGCUCCA